CCCAGUGACACAAUAGCAGCUCCCUCCAAGAUGGCGGCAGCGACGGCGGACCCGGGAGCUGGGAGCCCGCAGGCUGGAGGUUCCUCUGGUGGGGGCGCUGGGGGCGGGCUACCGUCGCCCGGGGACCAAGAGCUGAGCCGGCGCUUGCAGCGCCUCUACCCCGCUGUCAACCAGCACGAGACGCCGCUGCCGCGCUCCUGGAGCCCCAAGGACAAGUACAGCUACAUUGGCCUCUCCCAGGGCAACCUCCGCGUCCACUACAAAGGUCAUGGCAAAAAUCACAAAGAUGCAGCCUCAGUGCGUGCCACCCACCCCAUACCUGCUGCUUGUGGCAUUUAUUACUUUGAGGUGAAGAUUGUCAGCAAAGGAAGAGAUGGGUACAUGGGAAUCGGACUCUCAGCUCAAGGUGUCAACAUGAACAGACUUCCUGGUUGGGACAAACAUUCCUAUGGUUACCAUGGUGAUGAUGGGCAUUCCUUCUGCUCCUCGGGGACUGGCCAGCCCUAUGGUCCCACAUUCACCACAGGAGACGUGAUUGGCUGCUGUGUCAACCUCAUCAAUGGCACUUGCUUCUACACCAAGAAUGGCCACAGCCUUGGUAUAGCCUUCACAGACCUCCCGGCCAACCUCUACCCCACCGUAGGCCUGCAGACACCCGGGGAGAUUGUGGAUGCCAACUUUGGGCAGCAGCCCUUCCUGUUUGACAUUGAAGACUACAUGCGGGAGUGGCGUGCCAAGGUCCAGGGUACUGUCCACUGCUUCCCCAUCAGUGCCCGGCUUGGCGAGUGGCAGGCAGUGCUGCAGAACAUGGUCUCAUCUUACCUGGUGCAUCAUGGGUAUUGUGCCACGGCCACAGCUUUUGCCCGAAUGACUGAAACCCCGAUUCAGGAAGAACAGGCGUCCAUAAAGAACAGACAAAAGAUCCAGAAGCUGGUGCUGGAGGGCCGUGUGGGCGAGGCCAUCGAAACCACUCAGCGCUUCUACCCAGGGCUGCUAGACCACAACCCCAACCUGCUCUUCAUGCUCAAGUGCCGACAGUUUGUGGAGAUGGUGAAUGGGACUGACAGUGAGGUCCGCAGCUUGAGCUCCCGAAGCCCCAAGUCCCAGGACAGCUACCCUGGCUCCCCCAGCCUCAGCCCCCGACAUGGCCCUAGUAGUUCCCACAUGCACAACACAGGAGCAGACAGUCCCAGCUGCAGCAAUGGCGUCGCAUCCACCAAGAGCAAACAGAACCACAGUAAAUACCCUGCACCCAGCUCCUCCUCCUCAUCCUCAUCCUCCUCGUCCUCCUCCUCCCCAUCUUCUGUCAAUUACUCCGAGUCCAACUCAACAGACUCCACCAAGUCCCAGCCCCACAGCAGUACCAGUAACCAGGAGACCAGUGACAGUGAGAUGGAGAUGGAAGCAGAGCACUACCCCAAUGGUGUGCUGGAAAGCAUGUCCACACGCAUCGUCAAUGGAGCCUACAAGCAUGAGGACCUGCAGACAGAUGAGUCCAGCAUGGACGAUGGGCAUCCUCGGCGGCAGCUCUGCGGGGGCAACCAGGCCGCCACAGAAAGGAUUAUCCUGUUUGGCCGUGAGUUGCAGGCACUGAGCGAGCAGUUGGGCCGGGAGUACGGCAAGAAUUUGGCCCAUACGGAGAUGCUGCAAGAUGCCUUCAGCCUGCUGGCAUAUUCAGACCCUUGGAGCUGCCCAGUUGGCCAGCAGCUUGACCCCAUCCAGAGGGAACCUGUAUGCGCUGCCCUCAACAGCGCCAUUCUAGAGUCUCAGAACCUGCCAAAGCAGCCCCCUCUGAUGCUUGCCCUGGGCCAGGCAUCUGAAUGUCUACGGCUCAUGGCCCGAGCGGGCCUGGGAUCUUGCUCCUUUGCCAGAGUCGACGACUACUUGCACUAGCUGACCGUGCUGGCUGGGCUUGCCUGGCCCUUCCUCAGCCCCAGGGCUGGAGCAGCCUGGCCUUCCAUAGGCACCUGGCGCAGGGACCUAGAAGCCAUGGGCAGAGUCCACUCCUUCUGCCUGGCCUUUCCCCAUCUCUCCUUCCUUCCUUUCCUCCUUUCAACCUACCUUCCUUCCUUCCUUUGUCCCUUCCUUCCCUCCUUCCUUUUUUCCUUCCCUUCCUCCUCCCCCACCUUCAGUCUCUCUCUCUCCCCUUCACGUGCAGCGGCCUAUGACACAGUAUUGGCUGGUUACUCUCAUGUAGCGCCUUCUCCUUUGAAAGGGGGGUUUUGUUUUGAGGAGGGGUUGGGGUUUUUUAAUCUAUUUUUUUUUCUCCUGACUGAGCCACCAGUAUUUAUCUCUGGAGAGUUUGUGCUGAGCUGGUUUCUGCUAAUUUAGUGAUGAAGCCUAUCCAAGUUGGUGAUAGCUUAUUAUUUUCAUAAGUAAAAAACAAAUGAGAUUAUAUAUAAAAAUAUAUAUAUUAAAAAAAAGACACAGUAUUUAUCGUAGUGUUAGUGGUCCAGCACCUCUUGGGUGAGGCUGUCCAGACGCCAUCUGUUUUUAUUUGAGUCCAACUCAUUAAAAAAGAAUCAUCUCUGUCACCUCAGCCAAGUGAUUUGUUUAUUUUAGGCUCCCCCUUUGUUGAGCCACAGGCUCAGCUGCAGCCUAGGAAAGCCAAAUAGGCUUUGGGGGCCACUUAGUGGGCAGGGUCAGACUAAGUUGGUUUGCAGCAUCCCAAGAGGUGUGGGCCCCUCAGCCCACACCUCUGAGAGUUGGACUGAGCAGACAACUACAGAGCCAGGGGUCCAGAGAAGGGACAAAUUGGCCCAGGGCCACACGGCAAAGGGAGUAGAGGGUCCUUGGCCAGCACACUGUCUACCAUUCUGCCCCGCCUCUCACUGCCUGCCUUGCUCCUCUUUCUCUUCCCUUUUCAAUACCCUGCCUUCCCUUGUUGUUAAGAUGGCCAAAUAAUUCAUUUACUCUAAAUUGAUUGCCUGGAAACUACCUGCCUUUGACCUGAGAGCUGCUGGGAGGAAGACUCCAUUCCCAGGACAGAGGCCCUUGAGUGCAGGGGCUGCUUUCUUCCUGCCUGGAACUUCACCAUCUCUGCACAGCUCUGAGGGAAUCGAUGCUUUCUGUUGAGAAGCUGUUACCUUGUGGAGGUGAAUUUUUGGCUGGAGUGGAUGGAACCCUUGACCCCCUAGACCAGGUUUCACCGCAGCUGUCCCAGGCAGCUCCCUGCAGCUUGGCCCCAGUCACUCUUAGGAAAGACCAUUAUGAGUAUUUUCUGGCCAGAGGAAGGGACCCCAUGGCUUUACAAGUGUCCCACCAGCUGUUUCUGAUGGAUCUUCACUGCUGCUAGAGCAGAAACAGUCCCACUACCAUUGGGGACUCAGGAGAGGAAGAGCUGAGAUGGCUGCCAGGACAUGGGGAGAGGACUGGCUGCCCAGGAGGAGGAAAAGGAGGAGACCUACGCAGAGGAGCACCAGGAGGGGUUGGGAUUUCCAUACCUGCUUCAGUGUGAGGGACAGCACAAACAGACCCUGAAAAGAGGAGGGGUCAACCAUGGCAAGGCCAGAAGUUGAACUUCCAGUGCCUUCCUGGAUCUGGGCUGGGCAAGCUCCUGUCCCUUGUUAGUGGACAGGGGAAUAGUUGGUAUGGCCUGAGAUAUUCAGUGCCCACGAGGCCUCACCUGGCCCACAGCUGGACAACAAGAAAAAUUAUUGAGUUGGACCAACUGCUGGUGAUGGGGCCAGGGCUCUGGCCCUGGGCUCUCCCAGAGUUCUGCUUUGGGAGAUGAUCCUAUAAGCCACUUCUUUUUCUUGAUCCCUAUCAGGGCCCCAGCUGGCAGCCCACAGACUAUGACCUGUCGGGAAGUGUUGUCCCAUUUGUAAAGGUAAUUCAUCCUGUGUAAGGCUGGAAAUACCUCGUUCCCAAACCCAGGUUGAAACAUUAUACUGAUAAAAUGGUCAGAGCCAGGAGGAUUAAGAAUUAAAACCAGAGGCUUUUGCAGCUGGAAUGGGAUUCAGAGAACAUCUCCUCUACCAGUCCUCUCCUUUUACAGAUAAGGAAAUAGGUCCUGGAGGUUAAGUGACUUGGCCAAAGUCACACAGCAAAUUAGUGGCAGGGCCAGGACUAACCUUAUCCCUGUGCAUUGGGCAACACUGUUUAGUCCUGAAGCUGAUGGCAGAUGAACCCUGUGAGGGGUUAGACUGGUGUGGCCUCCAGCAGUGUCUGAGCAGCUUGUACCUUCAGGAUUGUGUCAGGGAUGGGGAUGAGUGCCUGGGCUUGGGUUGUGGAGUGACUGAGAGAGGGCCCAGGAGGGCUUGGGACAGCUGUGUGCCGUACAGGAUUGGGUGUCUGCCUGGCUUACACUCAGUACCCGUGGCCACCUCCCCAUUUUCUGUGCCUUAUCUCACUGUUUCAGCUGAGUCCAAGUUGUUUACUCUGUUCCUCUCCAGAGGGGCUCUCUGUCCCACUUGGACAGCUCACCUUGGGACAUAAGCCUUUGCCCCACAAUCUGUGGAGAGGGCCACAACCAAGCUGCUUGAACCCACUGUCUUGCUAAUAGGUCAGGCCUGACUGCCAGCUGGAGGAGCCCCUUGUGUACACCCAGUCCUACUAACCUGCUUCCAGGAGCCUUGAGUAGGACAGGCACUUGGGAGGAGCUGGACCUGACCCAUGGGGCAGGAGGAAGACUUGGUUCUGUGGGGCUGUCCAGCCCCAGGGGAGCAGCCUUCCCUGUCCACCUUCCCCUUGUGGCACCAAAUGGCCGCUCCUUUCAGAGUGGAAACUGGCAGGCCACUCAAAGGCCAGAACCCCCUAUCCCCACCCAUGUGGGUCUUUGGCUGGGUGCAGGCCAUCAGAACAGGGACACCACGAGGCAGAGAAGUGGGAACUGCCUGGCCACCCAGCACCUUCCCACCCCUUAAAGCAAGCACAAAGAUGAGGCAGAGAACUGUUGGAGCUGAAAGUUCCUUUGGUUGCUCACAACUCAGGUAUGCACGCAGUGUGGCAGCCGGGCAGCAGAGCCCUACUUGACCUCGAGUCCUGUGCACCCGGACCUGUGGCCAGACUGUGGCCUCUGGCUGCGUCAGGCGCCCACCUCUUUGCAUAGGGGUUUCCUUCAUUAGUAACUGCAGCUGAAACAGACAUCCUUUCACAUUGUGCACACUGGUUCUGCCUUUGUCCUCUCAAGUUGAUACUUGGCAUUAGCAUGGAACUUGUGGGUGUGGGAGGGUUGAGAGAGAAUUCUAACACAAAACAUCCUAUUAAAAUUGUACUUGAGAGAUGAAAAAACUCCUGUUGUAUUUUGACAGAAUUAUUUUUAUUAAAAUAUACAUCCACGAGCA